GUGUGGCGGAGGGAUACUGGUGCUCUCUGUCGGUCCCCGGGCUCCACCGCUGCUCUCUCUUCUGUCCCAGGCAGCAUGGAGCUGAUAUCCAGCCGCGCCAGAGGAGCUGCUUUCCUCUUGCUGCUGCUGCUGCUGCACUGCUGUCAGAUAGACACCAUUCUUGGACAGAAGUCUGACCGGGCAUUGACUGUCGUGGAGAACACAGAAGGAAGGGAGGGAGGAGGUGCUGAUGAAGAAGCAGAGGUGAGUGUUGAUGAAGAUGAAGGAGACUUGGAGGUGGUCCAACCUACGGAGGAUUGGCAAACGCUCAAACCAGGCCAGGCAGUGCCAGCAGGUUCCCAUGUGAGGCUGAAUCUGCAGACCGGUCAGAGGGAGGUCAAACUGGGAGAAGAGCAGCUUAAAUAUUGGACACAAGAACACAAAGAGACAGAAGAGCAUCAGUCCACGAUCAGUCCUGUUGAGCUGAAACGGGCCAUGAAGAAGAUGAAGGAGGACCUGAACCCAGUGAGCAAAGAUACACACCAACAGGACUCUGUGGCGUCCAAGUACCGCCCCCUAGAGGAGCUCAGGAGAGACAUGGCUCAGCUGGACCUGCUGGUGGAGACUGAUGUUCAGAUAAUGAAGCGCCUGCUCGACCAGUUUAACAGCAGCAAAUGCACCACCGAGCAGAAGCUGAGCCUCCUGCUGGAGCUGGAGUAUCUGGUGCAUCAGGUGGAUAAUGCUCAGACCCUCUCUUCGAUGGGGGGUCUCCAACUGAUUCUAGAAGGUCUGAACAGCACCGACUUCAGAUUGCAGGAGAGCUCUGCCUUUGUUCUGGGGUCUGCUGUGUCCAGUAAUCCGGAGGUUCAGGUGAAGGCUGUGGAGUGUGGGGCUCUGCAGACGCUCUUAACCAUACUGGCCACUGCACAGCCAAUCAGAGUCAAAAAGAAGGUUCUGUUUGCCUUGGCCUCCCUCUUGCGUAACUUCCCCUACGCACAGCGCCACUUCCUGUCACACGGAGGGCUGCAGGUCCUAUCAGAGCUGUUCAGGGCAGACGGAGGUGGAGUCCUGCGUACGCGCAUUGUCACCAUGUUGUAUGACAUGAUCAGUGAGAAGGAGCUGAUCUCUCAGGCUGGUCUGGACCUGGUGCUGGACGCCUCCCAUGAGGAGCGGGUGCGUCAGUACUCUGAGGUGUCUCUGCAGGGGGAGCUGCUGGAGAAGGGCUGGUGCAAUCUGGUCCCACAGCUGCUGGAGUCAACCGAGCAUGACUACAGAGAGAAGGCUCUGCGGGCUUUGUUGGCGAUGGCUCCCAUGUGUUUGGAUCAGUACCGCUCACACAGCUCUCUGCUGGGCUCGCUGCUCUCUCUCAGAGACCAAUACCAGGAAAUGGUCCAGUCCGAAAUGAUUGUAGGAGAGGAGAACGGCUACUAUGCAGAGAUUGUAGAACUUAUUAAUGCUCUACAUGUCAAAAUGAAACGGUGAGAUGAGUGCAUUGUGGCAUUUUACGUGGCCGCACAAUGCAGAGAGAGAGACUUAUUUAUUGACUGUCGGGAUGAAACCAUCACUCUUCAAAACUCAUGGCCAACAACAGAAGGGCAACCUCCCCAAGACAAGAGUCUGCAGCACGCAACUCAAGGACAAGAGCCACGCCUUUGAGGACCCUCAUGUUGGGCUGGCCCUGUAGGUGGCGGAUUCAUUGGUUAGUCAGUAUGAACUUGGAGUUAGAACUUUUUUGGGACGUGGGUGGGGAUAAGAAUAAAGUUGUAUUUUUUUACUUUAUGUUCAUGAUUUAAGAAUAAACUAUUAAGUAAAAGUGAGCAUGUUGUAUUUGUGGAUUUCCUGUAGUGUAACCUUCAAACUAGACCACGAAUUCUCGUGUUAAAAGUCAAAGCUAUAAUCUAUUCGUGCUGUGUAAACUGAACAUUUUGCCUUUGGAUUGUGUUUUGUUCUCUCUCUCCCAGAUGUUCAUCUGUUGCUACAGCA